CUCGAGUCGAAUCAAUCCGAGAAGGCCCGAGUGUAGUUUCAUGCAAAUGUUUUGUACGGGAAAAAAAAUCGUGUACAGGGCUUGAAAAUAUGUACAGAUUAUUAUCAAAAUUUAAAUAACUUUUUAUCCAUGUUUAAUUUUCUGUUAGCCACACUUAUGGCAGCUGUUAGUCAUAUAAAGGCACAAGCAAAGAAGAAACAAAUUUCCUUUAAGAAUUAUGUUCUGCAGAGCAAGGACCCUAGUGUCAAUGUGGUGUUACUUGAAGAUUCUGUCGCAGUUCUUGGCGUUAGUGUUGCUGCCAUCUGUAUGGGACUGACAUCAUUAACUGGAAGCCCUGUCUAUGAUGCUCUUGGUUCCCUUAUGAUAGGAGGUCUUCUAGGAGUAGUGUCAACAUUUCUAAUCUACACAAACACUGAAGCACUAGUUGGUCGUUCAAUACCACAGGAUCAGUUGACUCAUAUUAGUGAGGCCCUUGAAAAUGAUGUCAUGGUCAGAGGUGUUUAUGAUGUGAAAGCCACUGUUAUGGGAGUGGAUAAAAUCAGAUUUAAGGCGGAAGUGGAUUUUGAUGGACAAGAGGUAACCAGGUCGUACCUUGAUCACCAAGAUAUAGAAUCUAUGUUACAGGAUAUGAAGAAGUUUGAAACCUUAGAACAACUAGAGCAGUUUAUGCUUCGUCACGGUGAAAAUAUCAUUGAUAAUCUUGGCAUGGAGGUAGAUCGUAUAGAGAAAGAAAUUAAGAAUGUGAAUCCUGACGUCAGACAUGUUGACCUAGAAAUCCUAUGAGGGUAUGGUUGAGGGCGCUAUACACAGCAUAUUAUGAUCAUUAACAUUUUAUUGAUGUCGGAAAAGUAGCUUUCAGACUAAACCAUUCAUGGACUUUUAUCUGUAUAGAAAAAUGAAGACUCAGAAAAACAAUAAAGCUUCUACGGCCCUUGUGAACUGAUUGGCUUACCACUUUCGAUGGGCGUUCCUUAUUUUUUAAUGGAAACAAUUACAAAAUGGCAUACAAAUAAUAAGUGUUACAAUAUUUCAUACCUACAUAUAUUGAGCACAAAUCAUAAAAUUAUUGGAUACAUAUUUAUCUUUAUAAGUAUAUUACAUCUCUGUACGUGUGUAUGAAAUUGAUAUCCCCUCGUUUAAAAAAUUCUGGAUCCGCCUCUGGUUUUACCUCAAAGAAGUGUUCAGGGGACUAUUUUCCUGUAUUUCAAGUAAUUAUUGGAAUAUUUGACGAAAAUGUCCCAAGUUGUACAUUAACAGAGAAAUUCUAAAAUGAAAACUAUAAUAUGUAACAAUGUUUAUUUGCUUGAGAGUAAUAUUCAUAACUUGAAGCUUUUACUUCGGAAAAUCAAAUAAAUAACCAGUGAGUAGUUUUUCUAUUUA